AUGAGUCAACUAAGGAUUUUCUCCUGGUUGGCAUACACGCAAUUUACAUUCAUCAAGGCAAGUCUGAUCGCCGGGUUUACAACAAGAAUUGGGAUUACAAGCACAGCUAGGCAAAUUACAUGUCUUGAAGCAAGUCUCAUCGCCAGGUUGGCAGCAAGCUUGGGGGUUGCAGUUUGGAUUUUGACGUUUCGUCAGAUCAUUAAUACUCGGAUAUGCGAAAGCGACAACAGCAAAGAUG